GGUGUGUGAGUUGUACAUUGUUGGUUCGGGGGAUCAUCGAGGUGAAGGUGUGAGAUCAAGGUGUUUCAACGGAGGGACAAGAUCGACGUUCGUUGUGGAGGGCUGGCUAAUGCACCGCGGCGGCGGUGUCGCCGGGAGCGGUGCUGGUGGAGCCGCUGGUAUCGGUGGUGGAUCGGGCGCAAGUGGCGCGUUACCCUCGACGAGUCACCGCGGCCUCGAACUGGAACAUCCGUCGGCGAUGCCCGGUGCACCGGGUUUCCAUUGGGGGGCUAUGCUCGCCGGCCACCAUGCGGCCGCCGCGGCGAGCAUGAUGCAGCCACCCCUGUCCGCGGCUGCUGAGUACACCCCCGCCCCGGCACACCAUGGGCCCACGCAUCCCGCCAUGCCCAUGGACCUUCACGUACAUCAGGGAUUCCCUUACUACAGGUAUCGAGAUGACGCUCUCUGUUGGACAGACAGGAAACCGUCCGUGGACGACGUUGGAAAUCCUACCUCUGUCAACGCACGUAUCCUCGAGCUGCGCAAGGAGAAGAGCAGAGACGCUGCCAGGUCUCGAAGGGGGAAAGAGAACUUCGAGUUCUACGAGUUAGCGAAAAUGUUGCCAUUACCGGCGGCUAUUACCUCCCAGUUGGACAAAGCCUCUAUAAUAAGGCUAACCAUCUCGUACCUCAAACUUCGGGAGUUCUCGGGCCACGGAGACCCGCCAUGGAAUCGGGAUGGGCCACCGCCAAAUAAAUCUGGCAAAGGUAAGGGGAUCGUCGUUAACGCCGUCGCUUUCUUUCUUCCCUCAAUCGAAGAAGAUUUUCCCGAAUUCCAGGUAGAGAUGACGGGUUCAAGCGUUUUCGAUUACGUUCAUCAGCAAGACCACGCGGAAGUAGCGGAACAAUUGGGCCUCGGUUUGACAUCGAGCACCUCUUCCGGCCCACAUUCAUCCAGCUCUGGCCUAGCAUCGCCGAGUAGCGCGGCAUCCGAAGAGCAUGGAUCUUCCUCCACAGCGAAUCCCGACGUAUCCUCGGUAAUGUCGUUAUCAGCGAAUAAUCUCUACAAAGGAUACGACAGAGCGUUCUGCGUCCGGAUGAAAUCCACUCUAACGAAAAGGGGAUGUCAUUUUAAAUCUUCUGGUUAUAGGGUCGUGUUGCUACUGUGCCGUUUGAGACCGCAGUAUACGUUUAGCCAUACAAGAAAGUCCGCGCCACCGUUAAUAGGCAUGGUUGGCCUGGCGAUCGCACUUCCUCCGCCAAGUGUGCACGAAAUUCGCCUCGAAACCGACAUGUUCGUCACGCGGAUCAACUUCGAUUUUCGGAUAGCACACUGUGAGCCAAGGGUAUCCGAAUUAUUAGAUUAUACAGCGGACGAAUUGACGGGGAAGAAUUUGUAUACGUUGUGCCAUGGAGAAGAUGCGAAUCGUCUUCGAAAGUCUCACAUCGACCUGAUUCACAAGGGACAAGUAUUGACGCAUUAUUAUAGGUUGAUGAACAAAAGUGGAGGAUAUACGUGGCUACAAACGUGCGCCACGGUAGUGUGUAAUUCGAAAAACGCCGAGGAACAGAAUAUCAUUUGUGUCAAUUAUGUUAUAAGCGGUCGUGAAUACGAAAAUUUAAUUAUGGACUGUUGUCAACUGGAGGAAGGCGUUAUGGGUGUGAAACGCGAGGAUGCUGCUGGAAACGAUCCUGAAAAUGGAUCCCCCGACGCCGAUAGAGGAGAGGGAAGAAACCACGGUGGACCGCCGAACCAGCAUCAGGAACAUCCUCACAGGUCGCCGCCGGAAGAUCGCGAAGAUACUCGUGGCUCGGAGAGCGAGAAACGAGGGAGCCGGCAUCACGACAGCAUAGCCCAGCUCCAACAAGAGCCGCAGACGGCGGUAGGGAACAUUAGCACGCUCGUAGUGAAAUUGCGCGGGCACAAGCGGAAGUUGCACGAGGAUGAUAGCAGCUCGAACGAGGAAGAGGACGAGGAGGACGACUCAACGGUGAAAGUCACGAAUAACGAGAGAAGCCACGCUCUAAGUCCAGCUCCAUCAAACCAUUCCAUUUCAGGAGGUGAGCAAAUACUGUGCUCGGCCAGUCCGAAAUCAAGACGCGUGGAAGAUAGAACGAGCAACGCCGACAGUACCGGCACCUCCGUGAAAGAUCUGGAACAGGCCAUGUCCAAGCAUUUGCCCGUUCAGAAUCUCAAUAAGUCUCAUUCACCGACUCUCCAUCAACCGACCGAUUUCAGUACGGACGCUUUGCUGAAACAACAACAACAGAGGAGUACGAUACAAUGGAUCGGAGCGCAUCACCAUCUGGGACAUCUAAGUCCGCAACAGUCGAGCACCGCGCCAUUACCAGCAUCCGCUCUUCUACGACAAUUAUACGCCAAUAGGGAGAGCGUGAUACGGGCUAAUGUUCACGGAAUCACGUCCAGUGGUACAACAAGAACCUCCUCUUCCGGCGGCACCUACUACGCCGGGGACACGACACCUAGUGGUCCUUUGCCUACUCCACCUGGCUCCGAAGGAUCGAGUACCUACGGUGAACACCAAUUCGUGUUAGCAACGCACAAUCAAAAAAGUUCGAGUGGAACUAGUUGUGCCGAUGCGUUUACCAGCUUGGUUUCCUCUUAUUCCACCGCCAGCGGUUACACGGUUGAUUAUCAUUCGGCGAUGACUCCACCGUCAUCCGUUUCACCGAGGGACAAACAGCAACAACAGCAGCAACAACAACUCCAUCCGGUGAACGUGAUAAGCAGCUACGAGGGUUCAUCGGCCUACACUGACCCCGUGCUACGCCACCAAUACGAGCCAGCGCAACCAUUGCCUUUGAAGCCUCAAGUAUAUUCGGCUGCCGUUCAUCCUAGCGCGUUGGACGCUGCCGCGGCUUACGCCUCGGCUGGUUUGAGCGAGCAAGCGCAAUUUUACCAUCAUCCGGCCGCUGGAGCUGGUUUCCACAUUUACCAUCCGACGAACAAAUCGACGACAAACGGUUGGUAUAGUUCGACGUCCUAGUGGCGUGCGCCAGCACGCGAGAGACGUGUACUUAAGUAACUGAAAAUUCUGAGCCCAAAGUCCCCCCCCCCCCCCCACCAUGCAUAUCAGUGAUAUCAUAUUCACCUCGGCAUCUCUGUACACCGAUUUUUCCUCUCGUUUCCCCUCUCUCCUUUCAUAUAUAUAUUCGUUCAUUUCCUUUCUUCCCGUUUAUCCCUGUUUCGCUUUUGUUACAAGUUCAUCGUUUCUGUCCUCCUCCAAGGAUAGUUUUUUUUUUAUUUCGCUUCAUUUUUUCUCUCCUAUAUCAUUUUUCUCGCGAUCCUAGCGAUCGUGCACGCGCAUCUGAUGUGCCAAUUGAACUGUAAAAAUCGCUGCUCUCUAUUCUCGACUAUUGUAGAACGAUUUAUUGUAAUAUAACAGAAAUAAAUUAUUAUGUAUGUUGACAUUUUUGGAAGUAUUUCGCGUAAGCAAAUGGAAGGUAGUAGAAGUUUCUAAAAGAAAAUGAAAAGGGAAAAAAAGAGAAACGAAGAAGGGAAGGGAAAAAGAUAUGAGAUAGAGGACAAGAAUAUGUUCGAUGCGACGCUCAAGGGGCAAAAACGGUGAAUCUCGAAACGCGGUGACCAAUCAAAUUAUAUAUGAUUAGUUGUCCCAUGUAAGAACAGUGCAUGAAAAGAGAAAUAAUAAAGAUACGAAAAAUGAAGGUUUAUCAGCAUUAUUGCUGUGAAAUAAACGCCGGCGUGGUUGUUAGCGAUAAAUUUACUCGAGAAGCCGUACUUGUCGUAAAUUUUUUAUACUUGUAACAUUUUGUUGCGUAAAUACAAUGACUUUAGUGAAGUCGACAGUGCAAUCGUUACACGUUUUUUAGCGUUAAUUUAAGAAGGAUAGAGAAGAAUAAUGUUUACCUUUUUGCUUAUAAUGUAAACGAAAGAGGCGUUGUUUCCGUACGAAAGAAAGCGAGAAAGGAAGAGUGAAAGAAAAAGAGAGUGACAGAGAAACAGAGAGAGAGUGUAUAUUACUUAUGAAGGAAAUCGCUAUCUCUAUUAAUGUACAAAAGCAUUGUUAAUUAUAUUUUAACAUUGUUAAUUUAUUUUAUCACUUAUCUUUUAUCUAUCAUCUAUUUUUAUCAUUUUAUUAUCGUUGCCACCAUUAUUAAAUUUUUAUCAUUCGAAUCUUCUUAGCAUUAGCAUUCUUGUCCACAUGUUAUAAUACAUAUCAAUUUGUCCGAUAACGAUAAAUCACUGCCUUACCAAUUAUAUAAAAAAUAAU